GCUGAGUUUGUGAUACGGUGGCGACUUGACCAGAAGGUGGUGACUAACCUUUAUUGAUUAUUUUUGUUCGCUGUUUGCCGGUCAUUGUCGGAAGGUCCUGGAGACUUCGUGGUCACCGUCGUCGUCGUCGUCGAGGUAGUGUAAUUUGAAUUUAAUUGGUUUAUUGACUGGAAGCAGGGUUUUGGACCGGCCGGGGUUGGUCAAUUUCCGCGUUUGAGAGCUGGAUUCAGUCGGUAAACAGAGCUGGAGGUGACGAAGUCGGAUACCAACAACAGGUUGCACGACGCGCCCACCGCUUUGUUGCGCGUCACUCUGGAUCCGUUGCGCGAGCGACUUCUCUCGCACGGCCUGCUUGUGUAUUUGUGCCAGAGGGGACGCGACGCCGAGUGUGUUGGUGCGAAGCUGUUGGUCAAAUCUCGCGUGAGUGCUUGUUCGUUGUCGGCUCGCUCGUCAGAGAGAGCUUAGCUUGGCUCGCGAGUAGUUGGCUUAAGUACGCGGUCGCUAGUGCACGUUCGAACGCGACCUACAAAACAUCUAGCUGGUGAAGUUUCGUGAGUUCACGACGCGCGGGUGUGAUUCAACAAGUGGUCCAGAGAAGGUGAAGGGAAGGGUCAGGAUUUGAGCUUGAUUUACUUCGCAAAACAGGUUUCUUUGUGGGGACCGGGGAGAGAAGUGGAGUUCGAAGAAAAGAAGAGAAAAGAAGAGAAAACCGCCAAGCGCUCCACCGACUCAGAACGUUGAGCUCCGAGCGUUUUCUGGAGAAAGCUGAAGACCGUUGAAGUUGCUCGACUUCUUCUUGCGAAAGCUCAAAGUUUGAGCGCGCGUGCUCAAAAGUGUCAACACUGUGGAAGCUGCGGCUAGUGUGAUUCGAGUGUGUCUGCACUGAGAAAAAUCCGUGCCAAGAAGUCGCGUCAAGUGUUCGGCCCAUAAUUUCGAGUGUUUUUCGUUUCUUUUUUCCCCCUCCGACAAGAAGAAGCUUUCGUCGAGCUUCUUUUUACGGCCCGCGUUAGGCUCCAAAAGCGAGAGAAAGAGAACGUGUCCCCGCCGCGCGUGUGCUCCGGUUCCCGUUCCCGUUGAAUCUUCGCAGUGAGCCCCGAAACUAAGCCCCCCGCCGAAAAAAAGCCCCAGCGAAGCGAAUCAGAAGAGUUGGAAAAAAAACGAACAAAAUGGUAGACAAGCAGCAAUUUUUCCUGCCGUGUUUUGUGGUUUGCGCUAUUUUCUCAGCCAUUAUCAGCGCACAGUCACAAAUCCGGGUGGACACUGAUCCGGCCCAGGUGGUGGUCACCGAGAAUCAGCGAAAUGUCAGCCUCAUGUGCCGUGUUGGACGGCCAAUCCAGUUUUGCACAUUCACCCUGCCCAGUUCGAGCCAACAGGUGGCGUUGACGCCGGGUCAACCGGCGGCCAACGGCCUCCAGUAUUUUGGCGAAGGUUACCAGAAGGGCCAGUGCGGCGUCACGAUAGACCGGAUAACGACGGCCCACAACGGCCAGGUCAAGUGUUCGGUGUUUGUGGACGGCCUCAGCGCCGAGGGGCUGAUCGAUGUUGUCGUGGCAGUGUCCCCGUCUCAGCCGACCAUUCAGUUGGAACCGGAGACCACCUACUUUGAAGCUGGCAAGCAGAUCACCGCUCACUGCGUGACCACCGGAGGAAAUCCGGAUCCCCAGCUGGCCUGGUUCUUGGAAAACGACCCAAUCUACGACGGCGUCGACAAGCAGCAGGACUUUGAACAGGACGGAACCACGGGAACCGCGCUAACGCUGCGCCGAAUCAUCAACGGUAACGACAACGGCAAGCGACUCAUCUGCCAGGCCAGACACCUUGCGUACCCCGAGGGAUCCUCGCAGACCAGCCUGCAGUUGGCCGUUUCUUUCCCCCCUCUGUACCUGCCAGAGCACACCAUCCACGGACUGACUCUGGGUCGUACCGUCGACGUUACGCUGGUCAUCGAAGCUAACCCCAAGCCGCGCACCCACUGGACCGUCGACGGAGUCGGCAUCGAGGAGGGCACGGAACAGGACCGAUUUGCGGCGCGAGUGCCUGAGCAACUGGAAUCCGGUGCGUACAACGUCACGCUGACCAUCGCCGGUCUCACGCUGGAGGACCUCACGAAAAAGUACACCCUCCGAGCGUCGAACGACUUUGGCGUGCAGGACUACACCGUGAUGCUGAGCUCGCUGGACGCCGAGGUGGACGAGUCGGGCGGCGUCGGCAUCGGCGGCAUCAUUGGCAUUGUCCUGGCGGCGCUGAUCGUGCUGGCCGCCAUUGCGCUCAUCCUGGUUGCGCGGGCCACCGGCAGAUGGUGCUUCCGAGGCAAAUCAACUUCCACGUCGACAAGCAAUGCCAGAAUAGGAGAAACGAGUGACACGGAAAGCGCCGACCUGAAGCAGCCAAUUACCAAGACCCAGCGGUUGAAGAUCCUGUUCGGCAGGAAGCGGGCCGAGGCCACCGGAGAAAUUGCCGAUAAUGAGCUUGCCGGUGCCCCCGAGGAUUACGGCGUGGAUCCGACCGUCGAGGGAAAGCGCCCUGCGACGUCAACGACGACGACGACGUCUACUCCGACCAAGGACGAACCCACCAUCGUGUACGCCGAGCUGGAGCUGAAACCGUCCGAGCACAGCUACGUCGCCAAGCCAGAGUCCACGGAGUACGCGGAAAUUCUGUACGUCCAGAAGCCGGGCGACUCGGGCAACGACGGCGCCCGGAUCCCCGUGGUGGUCACCGGCGGCUCAGACGCCACGCCGGCCACCGACGGUGAACGACCUCAAUCGUCAACAACAGCUGCUUCCAGCGAGAAAAAGUAAUCCGCUCCAAUCAAGCUAAUUUUUGCUUUUCCGCCCGUCCCUUCCCCUUGUCACUACAAUUAGGGGGUGGGGAAUAAGUCGUCGUUAUCUUCAUCGUUAUCAUCAAAUGCCACCCACGCUGCUGCCGUCCAGCAUCCGGGGCUGAUUCCGCCCACACUUUUAUAUUUUUGUACUUCUCAAGUAUUAUUGCUUAAAGGUAGAUAAAUCGUAAACAGAUGAAAUUGUACGCACAGAGCGGAGCUUGACAAGACUGCAUUUAUCAUCAGCACAACACAGUGAAUCUCCUUAAAUUUUCUCCUGAAAAAGUAAUGAUAAAAAGCAGAAAUUUAAUUAAAUUGUAAAGCGAGGAAGAUGGGCACUUGCCAUCACAGUCAGAGAAUUUAAGUAAAAAAAAAAUGCAAUUUACGAAGAGCGUACUUUUAAGAGAUUUCGUAAUUUUGUCGUACUUAAUUCAGUUUGUAAGAGUCGUUAAAACGUGGACGUGAGUGACAGCUUUGCGCAAGAACAGUACAAGAAGUGAAUCACCAGUUUGAAGAGGAAGAAGAAACGUUGCUUUAGUGCAAAGCUUCAGUGUUUUUUUAUUGUAAUUAUAAGGAAAAUAAAUAAACAUAACUUUUAUCAAAUUUAAA